AUGUUGGCCAAAGGUUUAAUAUUUGGGCGAUCAGAAAGAAAUAGAAAGAAACUUAAAGCAAGGAAAGAUUCAACCGAGAACAAUAGAGACGAUGUAAAUAUCGACAAAAGUUUAGACGUACAGUCAAUCCAGAAGGCACCCUUAAAGGGAAAAAGUCUAUUUUUGAAUACUACGAUUAAUGAUUUAAAAAGUAUUUAUGAAGUGCCUGACGAGCAGUUGGCUACGAAUAGUGACCCGACCUCGAUUUAUCAUUCUUUUGAAACUUACACAUUUGAUAACCAGUAUGAUAAAAAGUCUUUUAAAGUUAUGGAUACUGAUAUCCAACUUAUUAGUAAGCCAGAUAAUAUUUGGGGAGCCUAUAAUGAUUUUAAUUUCGAGGAUUAUUUGAAUCCUUUCUGUGAUGAUACAAGCUAUUUUCCGCUAGUAAAUGACUUAUCCUUCUUUCCUUUCAAUUAUGAUACAAUGGAUUACAAUUUAUUUGAGUAUUUUGUGAAAAAAAUAUGUCCCGUGUGCAUUUGCUAUUCAGAAAGAGGAAUACCCUCAGAAGCAGAUACUCCAAUAAAUUCCCAAAGUGAUAAGAUUAACCCAUAUCUCAAAUAUAUUGUUCCAUUAGGAAUGAAGUCUGAAUUACUAUUUAAGACAAUAGUAGCAAUUGCCGCAAACGAGUUGAAUAUUGUGCAAUAUCGUAGUUUUUAUGAAGACAUAGCCCGCAAUUCCAUGUCAUAUGUGUUGGAAGAGCUUCCAAAGUUGAUUCAUAAAGGAAAAGUUACAAAUUCCAAUAAUUGGGACGAAAUAUUGCCGACAAUUUUAAUGCUAUGUUUUGCAGAUAUAUCCACCGAGUGCGGUCGAAUAUGGAUCUUGCAUCUUAAUGGAGCGAAAGAAUUCAUCAGAUACUUAAUCGACAGUCAAGUGGAAGGUGAAUUAAGUAAAUUCGUUGUGAGGUAUUUUAUAUCACAUGAAAUAAUGGGACAGACAGCGUGGUCAGAUCAGCCAAAUAAUCUUCUUUGGGACCCAUUUUUUGAAGAUUUAAAGUAUGACUAUGACACCAAUAUCGAUUUGGUUCUUGGAUGUAGCCCUUAUCUUAUAAGUCUCAUUAAUAGUAUAACCAUGUUAGGUGAUUAUACAGAAACCUUGGAUUUUGGAUUAAAGCAUACUAGAGAUUCAAUCCAGCCAGACAUAUUGAAACAGAGAGAUCGAUUGGAAUUGGAAUUGGUUAAUCUUGAACAAAAACUAACGGUGGAGGAAAUCAACGAAUCCGCAGUAUAUGUGCGGCAGAUUGCUAGAGUCAAAAAAAUAGCGGCGAUACUAUACCUUUUUAUCAGGGUUGACCAAGAGCUUUAUUUUACUUUAGGAAAGAGCUUCUACAGACAGUGUCACCUUAGGUUGAAGAACAUGAGGCCUUGGGUCUUAGAAGCUAUAGAUAUAAUGAAUAAUAUGAACACAUCCUCUAUGUCUCUCCUUUGGCCUUUAUUUAUAGUGGGCGUGGUUUCAUAUGAUGAUGAAGACCAUCGCCAUUUCGUACUUCACAGACUACAAGAAAUGGAAAUGUCUCGUAAAUUGGCUAGUGUGAGGAUGGCGAAACAUACUAUUGAAACCUUAUGGAAAGAAAAAGACCUUGGCUGUCUGUUAUUAAACUGGAAAGAUAUGAUGAGAGGACGCGCGGAUACAAUAAGUUUAGCUUAG